AUGUUACUGUGCCUUGUACUCGUCUUUGCCGAAACUGCAUCGGGCUUAAGCCGUAUUUCAGGAUCUCGUUUUCAAGCUGUUAACUUUGCUAAGGCGAAAGAAGGACGAAAGUUGAAUGGAAGCGUGAUAAAAGAAAUGCAAGUUGAUACAGAGGGUGCGUGUAGGCUUCAAUGUGUCAAUGACGAGCAAUGCCGCUCUUACAACUUUGGACUCAAGAAGCAUAAAGCUGGGAAUUUCCUGUGUCAGUUAAAUGGUUGCCAUAGAUUUGUUGGUUUUGGUAACUUCACAAAAGAUGACAAUUUCAAGUACAGAGGAAUAGAGGUAAUUAACCGUCAAAAGAAAAUUAGUUAAGGAUCUUGGAAGAAAAGAAGAUAGCAAGGAAAAAUUAGAAGCUUGCUGGUUAGAUUAUCACUGCACUUAUAGCGAUUUAACGAGUGAAGACUGUUGUAAAAACAUUUGAAAUUUUCCGCACUCGAAUGCUGCUAAACUCAUUAAAACGUUAUCCUAACAGAGCCUCAUCCCGAAUUGUAACAAGUUCUUAGUUAUCAAAGAUUUCCCUGAAUGACCAAAGAGGUUUAACGUUUGACACUAAAUUGGUCGGUGGCUUUACCAGUACUGAGGAAAUCAAGAGCGAAGACGCAGUUUAUAUUGUACAAAAAACUGCGACUGUAUUCUUUAAAUUUGUUUUGUUCAUAUUUCUUUUUCUUGUACGUGAUAAAUAAAAUCUGAAAAAACCUUACUAUUUAAGGACAAUGAAUUAUUAAUAAUACAAGGACCAAACUAACUCAUUUAUAACUCUUAUUCAAAAGCCAAUUUUGGAAGUAUAAUUUUCGUUGUCCUACAUGAAUUGACUGUCAUGUUUAAAGAACAACAACAACGAACAACGGGUGGUAGAAGGAUAGUUGCACGCAACCAGACUUUGUUUGCUAAACUUUUUUAAUUGCCAAAUAGUCUCAUUAUGUUAAAGCGUUUUGAUCCCAGUUGGUCUCGCUAGUUCUAAAGAUAACGAAACCUUUGUUUAAGAUAAGCCCGUCUUGUAGUUUACGAACCAUAACUCCGUUACAAUGUAAUACUUUAUCCCAUUGAUAUGCAUUUUUGCAUUUAUGAUUGUAAGCGCUAAAGCUUUUCGGAACUCGUUAGCAUGUGUUAAAAACAAAGUAAAGAAUUCUUACUUUCAAACGAGGCCACAUAAAUGGGCCGCUAUUAUGAAAAAAGCGAUCUAAUAAAAAUCUACAUGUUCUAAACGAUUUCAUGUAGCCAUCUGUUUUCAUGUCAACACAAGGGAAGAAUUCCCACGUUUAAUGUAGAUUUUCUUGACAUCCACGAAAUCUUAAUGGAAACAUGUACAUUUUGUGUUGAGUUAAAGAUAUUUUUCCCUUAACAGAGUGUCUGCGAGUCUGACAGCUUAAAUCCUUGUGGUGACAAGGGAAUUUGCAUCCCAGACUACUCCACCGGCAGCUUUGCAUGCAAAUGUGACAAAGGCUACGGAGGAAUAUCGUGCGGUAAGGAUCAAAUACUUUUCCCAACCUUUUUCGCCGCCGUCUUUAACGUUAUCUACGGCUACGGCAACUAUGGGCUAUUGUAUAUUAUGCUCGCAUUUUUUUCCAGCAUUAUAUUGAGGCAAAAGCAUUAAGCAUUGUUCCAGCAUUUUAGUGGAAUUUUCCAGGAAAACCAUUUUUCAACUACCUGUUUUGGAGAAAAUGAAAAUGAAAAAAGAAAUUAGAGUAAAAGAGCACUUUAAGUCGAAAUUCCGAAAAAAGAUUCAAAUGCCACCUUAUCCCAGCAAAUUAGAAUAUUCAACCAAUUAACCUGUAUACAUUAUUUUCAGUCAACAAAAGAAACAAAAACCUGAUUUCUUUCCCUUUCAACCCACUAUUUAAUUUAGAUGGCGGUUCACAAAACUGCUGCAGUUUCGUCUUACGACCUCUUCAGUGGAUCGCUAAACAGACACGUCACGUAGCAAUGCACGAAAAAUAACCCCUAGAAAUGAGGCUAUUGGGUUACAAGAGUCCUUGGGAAACGGACGUUUUUAUGCGUUGUUGUUAAGCCAAAAAUAUAUAAUAUUUCAUCCCAAACGUUUAUCAACCGCUAUUUAAUUUCUCUCUUUUAGAAAAAGUAUUAAAGAGCUGCUCUGAAAUCACCCCAUCCGGUCUGUAUUACAACAUCCCAGAUGGUGGUAAGCCAAUACAAGUGCUUUGUGACACGACUACCGACGGUGGAGGUUGGACUGUCUUUCAGAGACGUUAA